GAUAUUGAAAUUUGAUGAAUAAUCAUUAUUAUGCAGAGAAUCCGAGCCAAAUUCUUGGGAAGAUGCCAUGAAAGAUGAAUUAGAUCGAGAGAAAUAUCCCCGAAUGCCAUGGCACGAUGUCCACUGUGCUCUUUGGGGACCACCUUGCCGAGACAUUGCCAGACACUUCGUUCAGCGCUGGAAUCAUGCUAAGAGAAGUAAAGCUCCAAAUGAACAGACAAUACCACUGCUUAUGCCACAGCAUCACAUGGUUCUUCCGCACUACAUGGGGAGAAGCAGAGACGUUGAGGCCGAAACUAAGACAGCUGAGCUGAACCCUGAAGAUCUGAAUGGACAAGAUCCGUUUCCGUCUGGGUCACCACCGGAAGACAUCCCACUACUUUUACCCCAGGAAGCUGAUUGUAACGAGGGGGCCUCCAGUGAGGAUGAGAAGUUGGCUGAUGAUCUUCAUCGCCCAGAUCUCCAAAGCCAAAUGAAAACUUACCAACAAGAUAAUUGGUGGGAGACACAAGAGCGAGUAGCAGAAGAGGUUUCAACUGAUGAAUUAGCAGAUGUUGGUCCUUGGGUCCGUUGUCACUGUCAGGUCAUUAGAAGUGUCAGCCAAUGGUCUGCUGGAACAACUCAAACUGAAGAGAGCAUUCACAAAGCUUAUUGUUCUCUUAUUGAGGAAGCAAAACAUUUUGUGUUCAUUGAGAAUCAAUUUUUUAUCUCGGGUCUUGCUGGAGAUGAAACUAUAAGCAAUCGUGUAGCUGAUGCUUUAUACAGACGUAUACUGCGAGCACACAAAGAAAAUAGAUGUUUCAGGGUUAUAAUAGUCAUCCCACUAUUACCUGGUUUUCAGGGAGGUCUUGAUGACAUUGGGGCAGCAACUGUGAGAGCCUUAAUGCACUGGCAAUACCGGACAAUUUCCAAGAGCAACAAUUCAAUAUUGCACAAUCUCAAUGCUCUGUUGGGUCCAGAAACCCGUGAUUACAUAUCUUUUUAUGGUCUCAGGACGUAUGGUCAGCUUUCUGAUGUUGGACCCAUGUUCACCAGUCAGGUCUAUGUACAUAGUAAAGUGAUGAUAGUGGAUGACCGUAUAGCCUUGAUUGGAUCGUCUAAUAUAAAUGACAGAAGUUUGCUUGGAUCUCGCGACUCUGAGAUUUGUGUAGUCAUUGAAGAUAAAGAUUUCAUUGAUUCAUCCAUGGACGGAAAGCCUUGGAAGGCUGGAAAAUUUGCUUUUAGCCUUCGGAUUUCUUUGUGGGCAGAGCACCUUGGUUUACAUGCUGAAGAGAUUUGUCAAAUCAAAGAUCCCGUUGCUGACUCUUCUUACAAAGAUAUAUGGAUGGCAACUGCAGAGUCGAAUGCCACAAUUUACCAAGACGUGUUCUCUUGCAUCCCAAAUGAUCUUGUUCAUUCAAGAUCUGAACUUCGACAUUGUAGGAAUCACUGGAAAGAUAAGCUUGGGCACACUACUAUUGAUUUAGGUGUCGCUCCUGAUAAACUUGAAUUUCACGAUAAUGGGCUAGUAACGGUAGAGAAUACGAAAGAGAGGUUAAAGUCAGUCAAAGGACAUCUUGUUUCUUUUCCAUUGGAGUUCAUGCGUGAAGAAGAUCUGAGACCGGGGUUUAUCGAGACUGAAUUUUAUACUUCUCCUCAAGUGUUCCAUUAAGCUACAAACUUAAGAAAUGAAGCACCUGUACAGCAACGAAACGUAGAUAUAGGCUUUGUGUGUACGAAAGUGUACAGAUAUUCCUAUUUGUGUAUAUUAGCAGCCAUUGUAGGACGGAAACUAGACUGAAAAUUCUUUUGUAUCAAGAUAUCAAGCUGUAAGUCUUUCCAGAGCCUUUCCUGGGUAUUUUAGAAACCAACCAUAUUCUUUUAGAGUUAGUAUCCGACUGGUUCCAAUUAGUAUUGUAUAUAAAUAUUAUACUUCUUGUGUUUUCUGAGAAAAAUGUAUAUGUGAAUUGCUGUUCA